AUGCAUCACUCAGAUGAAGGUGGCUUAUCAAUGUUGCCCCCAACAACAACAACAACAACAACCAAUGAUGACAAGUUUUCUACGAUUUUCAAUGUCUAUGAAAUUCAACAAUAUUCUCUCCACAACAAAUUGUUUUUCGAAAAAUUCAAUUCACUCGUUUCCGAUUUUGUAAUUCUCGAAACUCCAGUCAACAUCUCCAAUGCCUCUCAAUUACAAGGUUGCAAUCCAAUAUUAUUUCAAUUAGGAAACUUUAGUCGAGAUGGAGCUGUUUUAACAGCAUCGGGAUGUCCAGAAACUUGGCUUUCAUUUUCCUUCUCGCUGUUCUUCUUGUUGUGUUAUUUGAUGUUAUUGGUAUUGUGUUGUUUGGGAUUAAUUUGGAAACGAAAGUCGAGACAUGUCCAAUCGAGAGGAAUGGUCUAUAUGGUCCUGACACUUGUCGCGAGUUCUUUUAUUGUCAUUUUGUCUUGUUUGAGAUACAUUAUUGGAAGAAAGAAUUAUCCAUGUUUUAUUUAUGCCAUUUCGUAUUUUGUGUUACCACCUGCAUUGAUUUUACCAUCGAUUUUUCGAUGUUUUCGAUUGUAUUUGAUGCAUGUGUUGAAUUUGAACAAGACGAAUUUGGUUUUUGUGAAAGAUUACGAUCGGUCCAUGAAUUUUGAUGCUGGAGCGGUGAAUGCAAAUCUUCAACUUUGCACACAUUCGUCAGUUGAGUUUCAGUCGGAUCCAAGAAAGAAUUUGAAACACGAGUUUGUGACACCUCAGCAGCAACAACAGACGAAUCAAGAGAAAAAGGUAGAUUUUGAAGUUUCAGAUGUCACUUCAGUGGGAACCAUUGAUGAUGACAUGCGAAACGAUGUUUUGACCAUUGUGACUCCUUCAGAUCAAGACUUGAAGAAGGUGAAAAUUUUGUCAUUCUUUGUGAGUGACAAGUUUGUGAUUGGAUCCUACGUUGUUCUCUUCGUUUUUCAUGCAAUAAUUUAUCUUGUUUUGGGAGGAAUUGAAUUUACUCAGGUCCACUCGACAAACACUGGGAUUUUCACAACCAGAGGAGUAUUUCAAGUAUCAGGAUGUGGAAUUUCAAGUUCAACUCUCUUCAUGGUUGGAGUGGUCACAUUCUUCUACAUUCUUGUGGAGACUAUAUUGUUUGUAUUGUGUCUAAUAUUUGCACGAGACACUUGGUUUAUUUGGAAAGAAACAGCAACACUCAUUGGACUCAAAUUGUGUGCCAUCAUUUUGUUUGUUGUUUUUGGAUUUGUUCCAAUAUUUUCAAAACUGUUGGACUUUUUCAUACCGUAUGGCUAUGUGUUGCUUGUGUACUCAUGUUGUGAAAUUAUUGUGAGUGUUUUACUUCCAGUUCUGUAUUCAAUCGUAAUGGAUGCGAGACAAAAACGAGGAAACUCUCCCGAGCAUGCUUCUUUCAAUCCAUCUGAAGAAUCUGGAUUGGAACAAUGUUUGAAACAGAAAAAAACGUUCAACACUAUUUUGGAAUUUGCUAGAAAAUCAUUUUGUCCAGAACCAGUUCUAUGUUACAGAGAUAUUGAACGAUUUACAAAAACGACGAACUCGAAAAAUCGUCGAAAAUUAGCACCUCACAUUGCCAACACCUAUCUCAAACAAAAUUCUCCUCUCCAAUUGAAUUAUCCAAAAGUGAAUGAAGCGUUCCAUGAAUGCAUGGCAGUGAUUCAUCGUUGUUCCGACAAUGGUACCAUUAUUCCAUCGGAUUUAUUUAAGAAUAUUCAGCUGCAUUGUUUGAAUGACAUGACAGACAUUUUCGAGAGAUUGAAACGACAAGAUCGAGACAUUAAGGAAGUUGUACAUCAAUGGAAUUUGUCCUCACUUGCAAAACCUGUUCAAACCAAUGGGCAGUAA